UACACUAAAUAUGCUUUGGUAAAAUUCUAAAAUGGCUGCGCCCUUAAGUGAAAAACUUACGAAAUAUGACAUUGAUAUAAAACUUUUUUAAGAUGUUUUUUUUUAGCCGGAAAUUUGCCAUACUAUUGAAAAAAUUGCCAGGAAAGAAAUUAGGAACAUAUCGAGUGAUCAUACCAGUGGGAUUUUGUUUAGGGGCGGCUCUCGAAUUUUCUAUGAUAAAUUGGAGGGUGAAAGAAGCUAAUUUUUAUACAGUUUUUAAGAAAAAUCAAGCACAAAAAUUAGCACUUGAAGAAGUAGAACUAGACAGAAAAUUGGCUGGAUUAAAAUAAACAUGCCAGCUGGAGUUUCAUGGAAUACUUACCUCAAAGGAGUAGCUGUAAUGUUGGUAGCAAUGGCAGCUGGAUCUCAAACUGUUCAUUUAAUGUACAAGCCAUUAGAGGAUUUGGAUGAACUGGUGAAAAGAGAAAAAGAAAAAAUUCUUAGACAACAAUCAGGGGAUAUGAAUUAUGUUAGGCAAACAGAAAAGGGUGAAUUUAUAAAAAGAGCACAUGAAGGCAAAAGAUUAUGAUGUUUUAAAUGUUCUGUACUUUCAAGUUUUAUAAUAGAUACAAUUUGUAAAAAUGUGAUAAAUGUAAAAUGUUGAAAUAUUUGUCCUUGUAUUAUGAAUGUUUUAUAAGUGAAAUGUUAAUGAGUUGGAGAAGAUUAAAAAAAUAUAAAUUAUAACAUUUG